AUGUUAUAUCUCAAGAUUCGAGUACAUGAGCGUGAAUUGAUUGUUGCUCAUUGUCAGUCAAUCUUCUCAGUGUUGGAAACUGCAAAACCAACAGACGAAGUUAUGGUGUUCGGCGAUUUUAAUCUUCCCCGGAUUUCAUGGAGAGAAUUUCGAGACGGGUUUCUCUAUCCGGACUUGGAUCAUUCGAGCAUCAAUCCUAACGCAGCUUUACUUUUGGAUUGCUAUAGCUCAGCCACACUUACUCAAAUUAACCAUAUCACCAACCAGAACAACCGAAUUUUAGAUCUCUGCUUUGUGAGCGCCCAGGACACGGCCCCAUAUUUAUGCGAGGCCCCCGCUCCACUGGUCAAAAUAGUACCCCACCACCCACCAUUAUUAGUGACUAUAAACGCCGAAUUGAAACGCGACCUUGACACUGCAUCUGCUACCGUAUCUUACGACUUCCGCAAGGCUGAUCACCAGAAAAUCGCUGAGUUUUUCUCCGAGCUCGACUGGAACUCUAUUUUUGACUCCGUCGAUGCCGAUGUCGCCGCUCAAACUUUCUCCAACGUAUUGGCCUACGCCAUCGAUCGAUACGUCCCAAAGAAGUGCCAGCAUCCUGCUCCCCGACAGCCGUGGCAAAGAGAACUUCGGCAGUUGAAAUCCCAGAAGAGAGCUGCCUUGAGAAAAUUUACUAAGCACCGUACACUGUCCCUAAAACGUCAUUACAGAAAGCUCAAGUCUCGUCCCAAGCAGUUUUGGCGGUUCGUCAAUCAACAACGACAUAAAGGUGGUAUACCCUCUUCUAUUACAUUCAACGGUAAGGAGGCAACCACCCCGCAGGACAUCUGUCAGCUUUUCUCCGAGAAAUUUGCCAGCGUGUUCACUGACGAGACACUGAGCGAUAAUCACGUCGAACGUGCCGCCAGUAAUACCCACGGUCCGCUAUCUGUCGCUUUCAGUGACUUUCCGUCCUGCUGGAAAUCGGCGUACAUGUUUCCAGUACACAAGAAGGGAAACAAAAACGAUGUGAGCAAUUAUCGCGGCAUCACAUCGCUCUGUGCUGUUGCCAAACUGUUCGAGCUUGUUAUCAUGGAGCCUUUGCUCGCUCACUGCAAAGCUUUCAUAAGCACUGACCAACAUGGAUUCACAGCCGGUCGCUCCACCACCACUAAUUUACUCUGCCUCACUUCGUACAUCAGUGACAGUAUGGCGAAACGUGCUCAGACGGAUGGGCGUGCAAACUCUGUGGAACUGAGAUUUGCAUUUACCAACGCAAACAACCGGAUCGUCGCUAAUGCGAAUGAUAUUACCACAUUUGCCACAAUCCAUCUUCCCGCUGCAAACAAGCCGAAGCUGCUGCAGACCAAUACGCUGGACUCGUCCAGCAGCAACGGAGAGUAA